AUGGGGAGAGAGAAUGGUUCGUUAGUUCACAAGAGAAACAGUAAUACAGCUUUACCAACCACCUAUUCCAACGACAAAAACCGCCGUAACCGUUCUAAAACAUUCAACAACGUUAAAAUCACUAUCCUCUGCGGUUUUGUCACCAUCCUCGUCCUACGUGGCACCAUCGGUGUUAAUUUCGGUUCAACUGACUCCGACGCCGUCAACCAAAGCGUCAUCGAAGAAACCAACCGCAUCCUCGCCGAGAUCCGAUCCGACGCUGACCCUUCUGAUCCCGACGAUAAAGAUGAGACCUUUUUUAAUCCGAACGCUACUUUCACGCUUGGUCCCAAAAUCUCCGAUUGGGAUUCUCAGCGGAAGAGUUGGCUUAAUCAAAACCCUGAAUACCCUAGUUUCGUUAGAGGUAAAGCUCGAAUCUUGCUUCUUACUGGGUCUCCUCCUAAGCCUUGUGAUAAUCCUAUUGGGGAUCAUUAUUUGUUGAAGUCUAUUAAGAAUAAGAUUGAUUAUGGUAGAUUACAUGGGAUUGAGAUUGUUUAUAAUAUGGCUCAUCUUGAUAUGGAGCUUGCUGGUUAUUGGGCUAAAUUGCCUAUGAUUAGGAGGUUGAUGCUGUCGCAUCCUGAGGUUGAGUGGAUUUGGUGGAUGGAUAGUGAUGCUUUUUUCACUGAUAUGGUUUUUCAGCUUCCUUUGUCCAAGUAUGAUGACUAUAAUAUGGUUAUUCAUGGUUACCCUGAUUUGUUGUUUGAGCAGAAGUCUUGGAUUGCUAUCAAUACUGGGAGUUUUCUUUUCAGGAAUUGUCAGUGGUCUUUGGAUUUGCUUGAUGAGUGGGCUCCCAUGGGUCCUAAAGGUCCGGUUCGUGAAGAGGCCGGGAAGGUUUUGACUGCUAAUCUUAAGGGAAGGCCGGCUUUUGAGGCGGAUGAUCAGUCUGCGUUGAUAUAUUUGUUGCUGUCCAAGAAGAAAAAGUGGAUGGAUAAGGUGUUUCUUGAGAAUUCUUACUAUCUGCAUGGUUACUGGGCUGGGUUGGUUGAUAGGUAUGAGGAGAUGAUUGAGAAGUAUCAUCCGGGAUUAGGAGAUGAGAGGUGGCCGUUUGUGACGCAUUUCGUGGGUUGUAAGCCGUGUGGAAGCUACGGAGAUUAUCCUGUUGAGAGGUGUCUUAGUAGUAUGGAGAGGGCUUUCAAUUUUGCUGAUAAUCAGGUGCUCAAACUGUAUGGUUUCAGGCAUCGCGGUUUGUUGAGUCCUAAGAUUAAGAGAAUCAGGAACGAGACAGUUACUCCUUUGGAGUUUGUCGACCAGUUUGAUAUUCGAAGGCAUCCUUCGGAGAAGAGUGAAUCAAAAAGCUAG